AAAACGUGAAAAAAUGGAAAAAUGGUGCAAAAAGUAAAGUUAGAGUGGAAAAAGAUAGAGAGCCACCUCUCUGAAUGUAUUGUCACUUGUAAAACUAAUUCAGGGAAUGCCAGAUGCUCCAUUUAGCAAGGACAAAAGUGGCCACAUAAAGCGUCCAAUGAAUGCAUUUAUGGUCUGGGCUAGGAUUCAUCGGCCUGCUCUAGCCAAAGCCAACCCGACUGCCAAUAAUGCAGAGAUCAGUGUUCAGCUCGGGUUGGAGUGGAGCAAACUAAGUGAAGAGCAGAAGCAGCCCUAUUAUGAUGAAGCUCGGAAAAUAAAACAAAGGCACAGAGAGGAAUUUCCUGGUUGGGUUUAUCAGCCACGACCAGGCAAAAAGAAGCGUUUUCCACUGAAUGUCUCUGGUGUACUUUCUGGCACCACUCAGAGCAUCAUCACUACAAAUCCAGCUGCAGUUCUUCCCUUCCAAUCACCUGGAUACUCUGUUGUCAUCCCCCCUGUUCAGAACAGUAUUGGACAUCCAGUCUGUGAAAAUCUUUCUGCCAUCCGUCUGCCAUCUUCUUCUGUUCAACGUCCAGGUCCAAUUACUCUUUUCCAGUCUACUUUUGCGAGCACCACAUCAUUGGCAGUUCCAGCUCCAACCCUGCCCCUGCCCCUGCACCCUGCAAUUGCAUCACAGCACUUCUCUGAAUCUGUUCAGACAGAAGCCCAUGAUGUAUCAUCUGGAUCCAACUGCUCUCUGAAGAGACUUACACCAGUUUUUAUUGAGAGCUCCAGUAGAAACCCAAGUAACACAGUCACUGCUAGUGGAAGAUUUUCCGUUUCUACCUUUGAGCUCCCAAAGGAGUACUCAAUGUUUUCUGCUUGUCCUAGGGGAGUACCUCUUUCCCAAGCUACUCCUCUUCCUCACUCAUGUCUCUAUGAGAGUCCUCCCCUUGGGCAGCCAGUUAAUCUGUUUGGAUCACCUCCUCGAUUUUCAUUUCAUCACCCUUACUUUGUACCUGGACCUUACUAUUUCCCCUCAAGCACGUGCCCAUUCAGCCGGCCUCCAUUUGGCUGCGGGAAUUUCUCCAGCUCAGUGCCAGAAUGUCUUGGCUUUUAUGAAAACAGGUACCAGAAGCAGGAGAUGAAGUUUUCAGUUCUGGACAGAGACUAUCCUUUCAGGGAAUACCCAGAGGAAAUCGUACAUGAGGACUCACGCAACUGUGAGAGCCUUGAGGAAGUGACCUGUCACAGCAGCCGCAGUGAGGAGGAGUGUGUAAGCCCCAUACCACAGUCAGACGUUGGAGCAAUUGAUAAUGUUUUGUCAGCCACCCCACCUACUCCUUCCAGCACCCAGUUAAUCAAUGUGACUGAUAGUGAGGAGGAGGAAGAAGAAGAAAAGGUGUUGCGAGAUCUGUAAUUUUUAAAACAAAUGAUAAGCCAAGGAAAUACAGAAUUGGAAAUAAACCUUUUCCUCAGUACCAUCUUCAGAGUGUGUUCAAUGGGAAACCUAUGUAGCUUGAGCAACCUGUGCAUGCCAUUUUGAGGACUCUGACGAUCUGUUUGUAUUUUGAGAGGUCACAUAAAGAACUGGGGAUGUCUAAAAGCCUCUGAAUUUCACCUGGUUCAUCAGGGCAUUGUUUGGACUCUAGCUCAGGAAAUUGCUUACACAGGAACUUAGCUCUAAGCAUGUGAUAAUGUACUUUCUGAGGAGAGAUAUGUUUAAGCACAUCCUUUUAAUGCUCCUCUGAAUCAGGAUACUGCCUUUUAUUGUUCACAGACAUUGUAAUGGUAUUUGCUGUAAUUUUGUAGGUAUUACUUUUAGGAGUUUUAGCAAGAGAAAUAAUUCUGUUUUAUUACUGUAAUGUAAUUCUUACUACAGUAAAAUACUGUGAGGCCUGGAAAGCGAAGUCAAGAAUGAUUCUGCAACACUGUAUAUUUUUGCUUUGAUAAGACAGUUCUAAGUUUAAUUUGGUUAAUUUUUAACUUUACUCUGCAUUUGUGGUAUGAAUGUUAUAUAAUGCACUGAAAAUUUAGAUUGCUUUUGGUAAUAACUUAGUCUGCAGCCAGUUCCAUUAAUGAAAAUGGAUUGUCCAGAAGGUAUGGGGAGGUAUGGUAGCACCCGGAGAGUGGAAAGUGGAUGGGAUCUAGCCCUGUGACUUACACUAGUGGAUUGUGACUUGAUCCCUGAAUGUAGUUAUUACUGUAAAGAAUUCUCCAUAGAAUACCAAAUUCUCUGAAGAAUAUCAAAGGCUUAUAAUAGAGGUAUAUGUACUGUACUCAAAGAGUAAAGAAAUUCAAAAGUUUUUGACCCAAAUAUGUAAUUAAUAUUACUAACAUUUAUUUUCUGUUUUAUGAUAGGUAUGGCCAUUUCUUUCUGGGAAUCCUGUUAUUUUACUAUUGUUUUUUUGAAUAAACUCACCUGAACAA